AGGGUGGAGAGUGCUAUCGUGAAGUGAGGGGAGGGAUUCAUGUAGGCAUCCGGGGGAGCCUUGUUCUGAACUAUAAGGUGGGAAGUUGAUGCUGGGUACUGCUACUCCCGGACCCCCGGCGUGAAAGUUGUGAUAUCAUCCUCGAACCAUCAGCUUUGAAAUUAAAAAACAAUGGAGAAGACCCAAGAAACAGCCCAAAGAAUUCUUCUAGAACCUUACAAGUAUUUACUUCAGUUACCAGGUAAACAAGUGAGAACCAAACUUUCACAGGCGUUUAAUCAUUGGCUAAGAGUUCCAGAAGACAAGCUACAGAUUAUCAUUGAAGUGACGGAAAUGUUGCAUAAUGCCAGUUUACUCAUCGAUGAUAUUGAAGACAACUCAAAACUCCGUCGUGGCUUUCCAGUGGCACACAGCAUCUAUGGAAUUCCAUCUGUCAUCAAUUCUGCCAAUUAUGUAUAUUUUCUUGGCCUAGAGAAAGUCUUAACCCUUGAUCACCCAGAUGCAGUAAAGCUUUUUACCCGCCAGCUUUUAGAACUCCAUCAGGGACAAGGCCUGGAUAUCUACUGGAGGGAUAAUUACACUUGCCCCACUGAAGAAGAAUAUAAAGCAAUGGUGCUGCAGAAGACAGGAGGACUAUUUGGAUUAGCACCCCUGGAGCCGUCUUACAUCUUACGGCACAAGAGGUAUGAAAAAAAGAGACCCUGAUUUCUGUAUGAGAAGUGUCACUGACAUCCCAAAAUGAAAGGACUUCCCUGGUGAUGCAGUUGUUGACACUCCACCUGCCAAUGCAGGGGACACAGGUUCAAUCUCUGCUCCUGGAAGAUCCCACAUGCUGCGGAGCACCUAAGCCCGUGCACCACAACUACUGAAGCCCGUGCGCUUAGAGCCCGUGCUCCGCAACAAGAGAAGCCACCGCAAUGAGAAGCCCGCGCACCGCGACAAAGAGUAGCCCCCGUUCGCCGCAACUAGAGAAAGCCCACGCACAGCAACGAAGACCUGACACAGCCAAAAAUAAAUAAAUUUACAAAAAAAUUAAAAAUAAAUGAAAAUUGUCAAUCUAGCAUUCCCUCCUCCUCCUCCAUUCUUCUCCUGUUAAAUGUAAACUCUUCUAACUUUCCUCCCCUAUGCUUAUUUAGGUCUGCCUUUCAUCUCAAGAAAAGUUGUUUGUCCUCCUGCCCUAGACCAAACAAGCUCGCCUGUUUUUGAUUCCCUCUCUUUCUGCCUCUUGAGGGCCUUAUUUCAUUCCCUGCCUUAUAUCCUCAAGAUUUAUCCAUUGGCUCUGUUUUAAUCAGUACACUGAGAGGAAGAAAAGAGGGAAGAAAAUGUACAUUUGUGAAGGACCUAUUAGGUACCACCUGUUGUAUGUUUUUUUCUUCAGGCAUUUACUGAGCAGAGCCAGGACCUUGAAUACAGGUCAGAGCACUUUGCUCUUCUGUACUGUUGGCCUCCCAUUCUAAAUGCACACUUAAAUAUGUUUAAAAGUUUAGAAAGCACUGGUCUAUUGUAAUAAUGUACUAAGCAGCUUCCCUCCUAUAAUCUCUACCCACUCCAGUCUAUCCUUCACACUCCAACCAAAGUUGUCUUUCCAAAGAUCAAAUCUGAUUAUGUCAUUCCCAUGUUUUAAAUUCUCAGAAUCCUCAAUACUGCCACCUGUAAAUUCCUUGGCAGAGUAUGUAAGGCUUUCCAAAAUCUGAUCUCCAAACGACUUCAACCAUAUUUCCUGAUAUUUUACUCUCCCCACACACGUUAUACUCUGCCAGAAAAUAAUGUUCGUCAUUGCUGAGACACUAUUCUGUUUUUCAUUCAUUUCAUUUAGAAUACUUCUUGAGUGCCUAUAAGCUAAGUCCUUUGCUAGGCUUUGGAGAUAGAAGAGUGAUAGACACUAUCUCUUAGCCUUAUGUGAUUUUCCUGUAAUGGAGACUGGGAAGUAAGUAGCCAAUUAUUAAACAGUAUUGUUAGUGCUGUAAUCAGGGCCCCUAAUUUCUUGUUUACAUGCCUGCUUCUCCCAUUGGAUUAGAAACUCAUUAGGGGCAAGGACUGCGACUUACCCUCCUCUUCUCAGUAGCACUUAAUAAAUACUUGUGAAUGAAUAAAUCUACUUGAAACUAAUCUCCCACCUCUCAAGGGUUCCAUUAAAUAUAAUGUACGUGAAAAGAUAUCAUAAACUUCAAGUGUUAGCUUUUAUGUUAAUGUGGUUCUUCUACCUCUAAUUCUUUCUCUAAUGAUUCUUAAUGUUUUCCCUUCUGAAAGCAUUCUUAGACUGUUUACUUUCAAUUUUGUCCAUAAUUACCAUUGUAUCAAAACCCUGACCUCCUCAUAUUGAAGUCCUAUAUUUUAACUGUUCAUCUGAGUUUUCUGUUAUCAGCUUGAAAUCAACAUAUUUAAAACCAACUUAUACCUCCCUCCCUAUCCCUUUACCAAGCUAAAUAAUGGAAUGAAACCACUUCUACCCCCGCCUCUUCUAUCACCAUUGUCAUUCUUAAAGUGAUCCAGGAGUGUAUUUCUUACCCUUGCCUCCUAUCCAGUCCUCCCAAGUCCUAUAGACUUGUCCUUUGAGAUGUCUCUUAUCUGUCCCUUACUUUCCAUUUUCACUUCCUUUUCACUUUCACUAUGGCACUUAGAACAGCCUUUAUUGCCAUACAUGCAGGGCUGAUAUUUGGUGGAUGGAAUACAGAAAAGGACUCAUGAUAACGAACCCUACAAUAAUAUGAACUCAGAAUGCAAUUGGCAUUUGGCUCCUCAACCUCCCACCACCUCCAGUUGGCUAACUGCACAUUUGCUUUGGAUAUUUCAUUAAAUCUUGUAAUGAUGCAAUCUCAGCUUUUAUGUGAUUGACAAUAUUGGACCUUACAGUUGUGUGGCAUAAUUUUACUAUACUCUUGGUAAAGAUUAUAAUAGUACGUGCAGUAAGCAAAAAUCAGUAAUACAAAUUUCCAUAUUAACCCAUUAGUUAAAGUUAUUUGUGUAGAAUGUUUAAUGGGCAUCUUGUCAUAGAGAUAUCUGGGAAACAUUUGCAACACUACCUGCCUUGUCAUGCAUGUUGUUUAUAAAGCACUCUAUGCUUAAGGAGAAUGACCCAUUUAUUUUCUUU